AUGGCAACAAAAAAUACAUCUCCUUAUGAGAUUGAAUAUGCAAAGAGUGAUAGAUCAACAUGUUCAACCUGUCAAAGAGGUAUUAAUAAAGAAGCAGUUCGUAUUGGUUAUAAAACAAAAUCAAAACACUUUGAUGGAAUGGAUGUAUCAUGGCAUCAUUUAAAAUGUAAAUGUCCACAAGUACCAUCAUUUACAGAUUUAAUUCACUGGGAAUACCUUCGUUGGGAAGACCAAUUAUCAAUUAAAACAACUUAUUUUUCAUCUGAAAAGUAUGAUCCAAAAUCAGCAUCAGAGGUACAAAGAGAGAAAUAUUUAAAGGCAUUAUGGGAAGUUAAAGAUAGUAUUGCCGAUAACUUGAAGGGACCAGCAAUUAAAAACAUCAUUCAAUAUAAUAAAGGUUAUGUUGAUAAGGUAUCACCAGUUCAUUUACUUCAUACUCUCUCUGAUUGGAUGUUAAAAGGUCGUCCAGGUAGAUGUCCAACUUGUAAGAAUUUCGAUAUACUUUUCAAUGGUAUCGAAUAUCAAUGUAAAGGUUGGAUUUCAGGUUUCACAAAAUGUGAUUGGAAAGGUGAUUCAAUUGAAAGAUGGGCUGUUCAAUUUCCUGAUGAUCUUUCAAAAAAUAAAUUCCUUUCAACUUUUAAAUAUUCAAAAGAUUAUCCAAAAUCAACUACAAAAUAUACUGAUGCUGGUGAAGAAGAAGAGGAAGAAGAAGAAGAGGAGGAACAAGAGCAAGAUAAGGAACAACAAACUGAAGAAAAUGCAAGUGGAGAAGCACAAACUCAAGAUACAUCUUCUUUAGAUCCAAAUAGAGAUGAAGAUGAAGUAGCAGUUGGUAAUGAAUGUGUUAAUAUGGUAGUUGCAAUUGCUGGUGCAGAAAAAGUAUUAGGUAUUGCCCCAACGAAAAUUAAAACUUUAGUUCAAUCUCAUGGUGGUGAAGUUGUUGAAGAUCCAUUAAAUGCAACUUUAAUGAUUUCAAGUGAAGAGGAAGUUAAUAAGGCUAAAAAAACUAAAAAGGUUCAAAAUGCUAUUGAUAAUAUUCCAAUUUUCCCACCAUCUUGGAUUCAAGAUUUAUGUAAUAGAACUGGUAAAGGUGUUGAAUUAAGAAAAACUUUAGUUUCAAAACCAUUUAUUAUUGCACCAUCUCAAUUAGCUGAUGAUGUUUUAUUAUUCACUGAAAAAUAUUUCAAACCAGUUGAAGUCGUUAAAAGACAAACCACCACUACCACUACCACCUCAUCCAAAAAGAGAGAGUUAGAACCAACCAUUGUACCAAAGAAAGAACCAAAACCAGGAUCAAACAUUCUUAAAGUUAAUGACGAUUUUAAUUAUGGUGGCUAUGAAAUCUAUGUUCAUCAUGAUGAAAAAUAUGGCUAUACUGCAAUGAAUGUUAUGCUCAAUAGUUUGGAUAUUGAAAGUAACUCUAAUAGAUUCUACCAAAUUCAAAUGUUAAAACAAAGAGGCAAAGAAAGAUAUACCGUCUAUUUAAGAUGGGGUCGUGUUGGUGUCAAUCAAAUUGGUGGUCAAAAAGAUACAACCUACUCCUCUUACGAGUCUGCUCUUUCAGAGUUUGCUGAGCGUUUUGAAUACUUUACUGCUCAAAAAUGGGAAGAUCGUUAUAAAUUCAAAAAAUUACCACGUAAAUACUAUAUGAUUAGUUUAGAUGAUGGUAAUGAUGAAGAGGAAGAAGAAAACUUGGUUGAAACUGUAUUAAAGAGAAAGAAAUCUGAAACAACAACAACUUCAACCUCUCAAGAAAUUGAACCAAAGAAAGAAGGUUUACCACAAAGAGUUUUAGAUUUAGUUAAAUUAAUGUUUGAUCCUGAAAUGAUGAAAAAACAAUUACAAUCUAUGAAUGUUGAUACUGAAAAAAUGCCAUUAGGUAAAAUUAAAAAAUCACAAUUAAUUGAAGGUUAUAAAGUUUUAUCAGAAAUUCAAGACAUUUUAAACACAGCUAAUCCAAGUCGUAAUUUACUUUUAGAUUGUGCAACUAGAUUUUAUACUUUGAUCCCUCAUAACUUUGGUAAUCAAACUGCACCAUUAAUUGAUACAGUCGACCUAAUUAAAGCCAAGAUGCAAUUGGUUGAAACUCUUAUCGAUGUUGAUAUUGCCGCUAAUCUUAAGAAGCAAACUGAAUCACUCGAGGGUAACAUGAUUGAAAAUCAAUAUAUUACACUCAAAACCAAACUCACUCCACUUGAUAAAGAUAGUGUAGUUUAUAAAACCUUGGUAGAUUAUGUUGCCAAUAGUCAAGAUAAACAAUUUAGAACCAAUAUCUGUGUUCAAGAUAUUCUUUCACUUGAGAGAGAGAAUGAAAGUGAACGUUUCACUCCUUGGGCAAAAGAUAAGAAUAGAUUACUCUUAUGGCAUGGUAGUAGGUUAACUAAUUUCGUAUCGAUUGUCUCGCAGGGAUUAAGAAUUGCUCCACCAUCUGCUCCAAAAACUGGUUACAGAUUUGGUAAAGGUAUUUAUUUUGCUGAUUGUAUUAGUAAAUCAUUCAGCUAUUGUUUCACAUCAAGUGAUUGUCCAACUGCACUUAUGUUAUUAUGUGAAGUUUCACUUGGUGACAUGAAUGAAUUGAAACAUGAUACCUAUAUGGAAGAGGCACCACAUCCAUUCCAUAGUACAAAAGCUUUAGGUAUGGCUGCUCCUCACAAAGAUGGUAAUCAUCCUCUUUCUGAUUCUGAUGGUUUAGUAGUACCAUUAGGUAAAAUUUCAAAGACUGGUCUCUCAACUUCAUGUACUCACAAUGAAUUCAUUGUCUAUAAAAUUGAACAAGUCAGAAUCAAAUACAUCUUAAGAGUUUACAAUGGAAAAUAA